GAAAGUGCAAAUGACCUUUUUUUUUCGUCCAUUAGGUUCCGGCGCAAAAUUUCCCUCUAGCUUUCGGAAAAAUAAGCAUGUUUAGCAAGGGAAUAUCUGAACCCUGAUAUUUCCCGGCUAAAAAGUGGAUUGUCACCGCCGUACAUAUUCUUUCUUCAACUUCUAACUUAGUCUUCCACAGAAAAAAUCGAAAGGAGUUUUAUUGAUAAUUCUAGCAAAAUUUCAUGCAAUCCAAUUUGUGCUGCGCCCGUUCUUGUUUCUCAUGGAAUCCAGAAAAAACCAAAAUCGUCCUACACAACUUUGAACUACAACAAGGCCUACUAAAUAAUCCAUCUCCCAAGCCCAAAAUAGACAAGCUCAAAACCUCAAUUAAUUUUCUGAAGACCUCAUUAAGCUUUGGAGAAGAUAAGUUGAACAAGCAACAAGAAGAAGAAACUACUGUGCCUUUUUAUCUUCCAGUUUCGGUUCGCAAUUCAAAUAGUCAUUUUAGGUAUAUUUGGGAUGGCAAAGACUUAAAGUUAGUCUCUGUUGAUGGCAAUGCCUUAUCUAUAUCCGAUUUAGACUCUAAUUUUGAAGAUACUCUUCAAAAGUUGGUCAGAAUUUGUAUUUCGGCAAUAAGAAAUUUCUUUCUUCCGAGAGAAGUUAGUCGUAAUUAUCUUGAAUACGUCAAGUGGAAGUUUGUUCAUCGCGUUUCCAGUUCUGCUCUCCAAGUUCUCGCCACCCAGGCUAUGUUGCGGGCAAUAGGAAUUGGGCACUCCCGUUCACUUCCAUUAGCCGCCGCACUAAAUUGGGUCCUGAAGGAUGGACUUGGACGGUUGUGCAGGUGCAUCUACACUGCUAGCCUAGCAUCUUCUUUUGAUACCAAUCUUAAGAGAGUAAGAUUCUGUACAUCUGUUCUCUUCAGUUUGAGCAUUGGAGUUGAAUUGCUGACUCCUGUAUUCCCACAAUACUUUUUGAUGCUUGCGUCAAUUGCCAACAUUGCCAAGCAAAUAAGCCUUGCGUGUUAUCUAGCAACUAGUACUGCUGUUCAUAGAAGCUUUGCAAUUGCUGAUAACCUUGGCGAGGUUUCUGCGAAAGGACAGAUUCAAACAGUUUGCUUUGAUAAUCUUGGUCUUACACUUGCCGCAACCCUGAACAUACUGUCUGUUAAUAGCCCAAGAUUGCAAGCAGGUCUACCAUUUGUGAUGUACCCAAUCUUCGCAGUGCUUGACCUUUUUGGUAUUUAUCAAGGACUACAGCAUGUGCAUCUGCAGACAUUAACUAAGGAUAGGCUUGACAUCAUUAUAAGCACAUGGAUUCAACAAGGAUUUGUCCCAUCACCUGAAGAGGUGAGUAAAAAGGAGGGUAUUGGCUUAUUUUGGAGCCGAGGCAGGGAGCCGUGGUCUAUCAGAAUUGGUUGCUUAAAUCCUAGAUGUUGCACAGCAAAGCUAUCUGUGAUGACGAUGCAAUCUUUGAAUAGUGAAGACUUCUAUUUCUUGAGUCCGGAGAGUUUGACUGGUGAAUUGAAAAGGAACCAGGAGUAUGGUGUCCUACUUUCUCUGCGGGAAGGGGCAGGCACUAUAGAUGUGAUCAGGGGCAUAUUGCAUGCAAGCUAUGUCCGCAAGGGUAUAGAAGCUUGUGGUAGUUCGAAUGCAGUUCUCAAGCAAUGGUUUAACCUGGUUGAAGAUGGCAGGAGAUUAACGGAACAAAACUUGAGCCUCUUUUAUGAGCAUAUGUUGUCUUUGGGGUGGGCAUGCAAGAAUAUUCUGUUGAGCACACAGGAGCAAGCUCGCUAUAGUUUUAUAGCUGACUGAGCAUACAGAUAUCUUCUUCUGUCUAUGAUUGGUUUGCAAAGGGGAAGUGAAUAAAGGGUCAAAGAAAGCUAAGACAAGGAGAUUUUGUACUUCUGUCCAUGUGUUUUGUUUGUAUAUAGCCAAAACUUUUGGCAUCUCUCAAAUGGAAAGAGAUGCCUUUUACAAGCCAGUGAGUACUGGCCGGGUAAAACAGAGCAAGUGUUGUACAAAAUUUUGAGUGGCUAUCUGCCUUUCUCCAUCAUGUAGAUUAAUUGACUCAGGUUAAAACUGUUAUCCACAGAACAGUGUUUCCUCAUUAAUUUUUUUCUCGAGGAUUUUGUAGUCAACUCAUCUAAAAACUUGAUGAGUACAUUUUUAUUUAUGAAUAUACAUGCUCCAUAUGAGCUAGCCAGAUUCUUUGGUGGAAA